AUGCUUUUUAGUUCAAUUUGUUUGGUUUGUAUCUGUGCGCUCCUUGGAGUUAAAACAUCCCCUGAACUCUACGACUGGGAUGUUCUUCUUAUGACCAAAGACAAGAGUGAUCUCAUCCCGAAGAUUUCUCCAAGCAACUGUUUGGAGCUCCUCAACGAAGAUAUGAAAUAUAUCAUAACGGUGGCAUGGAAUCAGUUCAAGGUGGAAUUCAACAAGUCUUAUGCAGAUGAGCAAGAGCAUGAUAAAAGAUAUGGAUUAUUUUGUCAAAAAUUUAUAGACGUGCGGGAACAUAACAAAGCGUUUCGCAGAGGCAAGUUUACGUAUGAGAAAGGAAUCAAUCAAUUCAGUGACCAGACCAUUGAAGAAGUGAAACGCGCGUGCUGUGGUCAAAAGCUUUUCAGUAAUAACAUUACGACCGCGCCCAGUUUUCAUUACAGAAAACUUGAUUUCGAGGCACCGGAAUCGGUGGAUUGGCGAGAUAAGGGUGCUGUGACGCCGGUCAGACAUCAAGGAGAAUGUGGAUCGUGUUGGGCAUUCUCGGUUACUGGAGCGAUAGAGGGGCACGCGUUUCUUCACCAUAACACACUCUACCGUUUGUCACCACAACAGUUGGUCGACUGUUCGGCCAAUGGUAAUCUGGGCUGCGACGGUGGACAUCCCCCAAUAGCUUUCUCCUACGUCAAGAAUGUUGGCGGUGUGGAGAAGGAAUCAGAUUACAAAUAUGUUUCUGGCAUAACAGGCAAACAGCAGGACUGCAAAUUUGAUAAAAAUAAAGUUGCAGUGAGCAUUGAGGGAUAUGUGAAUGUUCCGCAAGACGAAGAAAUCCUAAAACAGGUGGUCGCUCUUUACGGACCUGUUGCUGUCGGAGCCGAUACGUGGUAUACCAGUUGGUCUGACUACAAAGGGGGUAUCAUCUCGGAAUCGGAUUGCAAGACCGACAGAUAUGAAAACAACCACGCCAUGUUGGUCGUCGGUUAUGGGACUGACAAUGGAACACCCUAUUGGUUGAUUAAAAACAGCUGGGGUACUAACUGGGGCGAGAAAGGCUACGGUCGUCUCCUUCGCAACGCCAAUAAUAUGUGUGGGAUAGCAUCUUACGCAAACUUUCCACUGGUCUGA